UCGUCGAGAGAAAGGGACCACGAGCCUCUGCGGGCGUUCGUAUUCGCGCGGGCCCCCUCCGGAUCGUCGACGUCGCGGCGACGCGCUUUCGCAGGUGGCGUGGACGACUUGGAUCGAACUUCGCCUCGCCGUCAGCAUCGCCGGCGCGCGUCCUCCCCUUUUCCCUCCACGCGUUCUACUCCGCACCACCCCGCGCCCCCUCGCCCUCCUCGCCCGCAGUCCGCGGACGAUCGUUCUUGAGGCGUUCGAGUGACACAGUGCGUGCGCGCGCGAUUUCCCGCACGUCGAUUCUCGCUCGAUCCUCCUCGAUUUCGCGGGCGCCGUCUCUGCGGGGUCGGGGAGCGGAAACGAUCGACCCGCAGGUACCUUCCGCGCGCGCGGUCGGCGAUGAGCGGCGCGAGAUAGAGAAAAGCGCGGACGGUAGAGGAGAGAAAGCGCGUUCAUCAUUAAUUAACGAGUGAUAAGUAAGCAACAGAGAGAGAGAAAGAGAGAGCGGCGAGUCUACUUUCACUGGUCGAAAAGAGAAAGAAACAGGAGGGUAACUAGACGGUAGACAUGUCGCACGCGCGUCUGCGGAACGCCGUGAUCGCCGGCGGCUGGCCGACGAGGACGAUGACGGCGGCAACGGCGAGACAGAGUGCCGGCGGUGGCGGCGGGGCGCUGAUUGGCCGAGGGGUAGGGAUGGUAGACGCGCCGGUGUCCUCCGUGCUACUCCAGCCGGCUGCUAUUCCGUGUCGCGGCAUGGCGUCGAGCGCAGCGACCGCGGCGGCGGCGGCCCCGCGUAGCAAGGUCCUCACCGAGGACAACGUCUUCGAGAACCUGCGUAAAAUGGAGUACGCGGUGCGCGGGCCGCUGCUCAUCAGGGCGCUCGAGAUCGAGAAGGAGCUGCAGAAGGGCGUUGAAAAACCCUUCAAGGAGGUGAUCAAAGCGAACGUGGGCGAUGCCCACGCGAUGGGCCAGCAACCCAUCACGUUCCUGCGGCAGGUGCUGACCCUGACGGUCUCGCCGAAUCUGCUCGACGACCCGAGCUACCCGGAGGACGCGAAGGCUCGCGCCCGGAUGAUCCUGGGGGGCUGCAAGGGCGGCAGCGUGGGCUCGUACUCGGAGUCCGCCGGUAUCGAGUGCGUUCGCAAAGACGUCGCGCAGUACAUCCAGGACCGCGAUGGCGGUAUCCCCUGCGAUUACCACAACAUCAUCCUCUCGAACGGCGCCUCCGACGGUAUCAAGUCAUUCCUGAAGCUGUUCAACGAAAGGAUCGACGGCAAACCAUCCGGCGUGAUGAUCCCGAUUCCGCAGUAUCCUCUGUACUCGGCAACGCUGGCGGAGUUUGGUCUCGCUCAGAUCGGAUACUAUCUGGAUGAGGAUAACAAGUGGUCGCUGGAGAUCAACGAGCUGGAACGUGCACUGAACAAGAUGAAGGGCACGUGCAACCCUCGUGUGCUAGUAGUGAUCAACCCCGGUAAUCCAACUGGCCAAGUAUUGACCCGCAAGAACAUCGAAGACGUCAUCCGCUUCGCUCAUAAGCAUCAUCUGUUCCUGCUCGCCGACGAGGUCUAUCAGGACAACAUAUACGACAAGGAGAGCGCGUUCCAUUCCUUGAAGAAAGUCAUGACGGAGAUGGGCGAGCCGUAUUCGAAGAUGGAACUCGCGUCGUUUAUGUCCAUCUCGAAAGGAUACAUGGGCGAGUGCGGGAUACGCGGCGGUUACGCCGAAAUCAUUAACAUGGACCCGGAAGUGAUGAAGGUGCUGUUGAAGUCGAUCUCCGCGAUGCUGUGUCCCACCGUGCUCGGCCAGAUCGUGAUGGACGUUGUGGUGAAGCCGCCGCGACCGAACGAACCGUCGUACGAGCAAUUUCAGAAGGAGAAGAGGGAAACGCUGCGUUCCCUGGCAGAGAAGUCGCAGCUCGUCGUCGACACACUCAAUAGUAUUCCAGGAUAUAAGGCGAAUCCGCCGAUGGGCGCGAUGUACGUGUUCCCGCGCUUCGAACUGCCGCCGAAGGUGAUCGAGGCGGCGCGUGCGAAGGGCCAGGAGCCGGACGUCUUCUACGCGUUCAAAUUGUUAGAGAGCACCGGGAUUUGCGUGAUUCCAGGCUCGGGCUUCGGCCAAAGGGUCGGCACGAACCAUUUCCGAACCACGAUACUGCCGCAAAAGGAGAAAAUCAAAACAAUGCUCGAAGCGCUGAAGCAAUUCCACAUCAAGUUACUUAAGGAAUACAGUUAAACAACGUAUUUUCGGUUGGGAAUAUUGAGAUUAUAGAGAAUAGAGAUAGAAAUUAAUAAGGAAUGACCGCCUGUGCAUACUGUGGGGCUGUGCAUAUCCGCGUGAGGGCUAAUUUCUGGUCCGAGCGCGUCGCGAACGUGAAUUAUUUUUAUUACGAUUAAUAACUCAUUAUUGAGAGACGGUUAUCGCAUACGACGUUGUUAUUGAGUUGAAUGUAGAAAUCGUCACCAAAACUCUUAAACUUGUUGUACGUAAAUGUAAUACGUAAAUGUAAAUCAUUGCUGAAGAAUACCUGUAAAUAUCCGGUAGUUAUCGUUAUGCCAACAACGGUCGAUAUUAUGUAAUAAUCAACAAGAAGAAAAGAUUAACUAUUGUUGCAGCCAG